GGCUCAAGUGAUCCUCCUACCUCGGCCUCCCAGAGUGCUGGGAUUACAGGCGUGAGCCACUGCGCCCGGCCUGAAGGGACUCAUUUUGAAUCCUUUCUCAGUAUGCCUAAUCUAUAGUAGAUGCCAAGAAUGAUAGGCCAGCUCAGGGACAGUUCUUACAAAUACACACAGGCUGCUGUCUGUACCUCAGGAGAUCAGAAACCCUUGGGACUACUGACAUAAAAUACCUGAACUGAUAAUAAAAGUCAGAGCUUCUUGUUAGCUGUGGCUGUCUGGACACUGAAGGAAGAAGGUGUAAUCAAUCCAUCUAUACUCCUAAAGUGAUGAGGAUAGGAGAAAGAAGAGAUACUCACCUACAAUCUUCAGGAGAAGAAAGGUUUCUCAGAGGAAAAUGGGAAUAAGAAAUCAUUCCACGGUGACUGAGUUUCUUCUUUCAGGAUUAACUGAGCAACCAGAGCUUCAGCUACCCCUUUUCUGGCUCUUCUUAGGGAUUUAUAUCGUUACCAUGACGGGAAACCUCGGCAUGAUCUCCAUAAUUAGGCUGAGUCCUCACCUUCACACCUCCAUGUACUACCUCCUCAGUAGUCUGUCGUUCUUAGAUUUCUGCUAUUCCUCUGUCAUUACCCCCCAAAUGCUGUCAGGGUUUUUACGCAGAGUUAAAUCUAUCUCUUAUUCUGGAUGCAUGACUCAGCUUUUUUUUUUCUGUGUUUUUGUCAUUUCUGAGUGCUACAUGUUGGCAGCCAUGGCUUACGAUCGCUAUGUGGCCAUCUGCAGCCCACUGCUCUAUAAUGUCAUUAUGUCCCCCAGGGUCUGUUCCCUGCUUGUGGCUGCUGUCUUCUCAGUAGGUUUCACCGAUGCUGUGAUCCAUGUAGGUUGUAUAUUAAGGUUGUCUUUCUGUGGAUCAAACAUCAUUAAACAUUAUUUCUGUGACAUCGUCCCUCUUAUUACACUCUCCUGUUCCAGCACUUAUAUUGAUGAGCUUUUGAUUUUUGUCAUUGGUGGAUUUAACAUGGUAGCCACCAGCCUAACAGUCAUCAUUUCAUAUGCUUUUAUCCUCACCAGUAUCCUCCGCAUCCACUCGAAAGAGGGCAGGUCCAAAGCCUUUAGCACCUGCAGCUCCCACCUGACAGCUGUUCUUAUAUUUUAUGGGUCUCUAAUGUCCAUGUAUCUCAAACCUGCUUCCGGAAGUUCACUCAUCCAGGAGAAAGUGUCCUCAGUAUUUUACACCACUGUGAUUCCCAUGUUGAAUCCCCUGAUAUACAGUCUGAGGAACAAGGAAGUGAAAAAAGCACUGGUAAAACUUUUAAGAAGAAAAAUAUCUCCAUAAUGAAUAUGCUGUUUAUUGAGAUGUAUCUAUGUAUUCAUAAUUAUAUUUGUAUGUAUGUAUUUAUUCCUUGACUCAAUUAAUAUGCAUUAAUGUGUGCACAUACUUAGUAAUCUAGA